AUGGAUGGAGCCGAGGGCACCAAGAAGUUUACCGAUUCGGCGGCUUAUUGGUUGAUCCUCUACUUCAUGUUCAACCUCGGGCUGACCCUGUUUAAUAAGGUCGUCCUGGUCAACUUUCCCUUUCCCUAUACCCUGACUGGACUUCAUGCUCUGAGUGGAUGUGCGGGUUGUUAUAUCGCGCUCGAAAGGGGAGCUUUUGUACCGGCUCGACUGACAUCAAAGGAGAAUCUCGUCAUGGGAGCAUUCUCUGUCCUGUACACCAUCAAUAUCGCCGUCAGCAAUCUCAGUCUGCAUCUCGUCACAGUUCCUUUCCAUCAAGUCGUCCGGGCGUCGACCCCGUUGUUCACCAUUCUCAUCUCGGUGUUGUUCUUCCGAGGUAAAUUCAGCGCGAUGAAGCUCAUCAGCUUGUUGCCGGUCAUCGCUGGAGUCGGGUUUGCCACCUACGGAGACUAUUAUUUCACCGCCUGGGGACUUAUCUUGACUCUGCUCGGCACUUUCCUUGCCGCUUUCAAGACUGUGAUCACCAAUGUCAUUCAGACAGGUGGCGGUGGACGCCUCAAGCUGCACCCUCUCGAUCUGCUCAUGCGAAUGUCGCCCCUGGCGUUCAUCCAAUGCGUCAUCUACGGCUGGUGGUCGGGCGAGCUCGAACGAGUCAGACGAUACGGUGCGAGGGAGAUGACCAGGGAGAAGGCAUUUGCCUUGUUCAUCAAUGGGAUGAUCGCUUUCGGGUUGAAUGUCGUCAGCUUCUCCGCGAACAAGAAGACGGGUGCCCUCACGAUGACGGUAGCGGCGAACUGCAAGCAAGUCUUGACCAUUGCCAUCGCCGUCUUCCUGUUCAACCUCCACAUCAAUUUCACCAACGGUAUCGGAAUCGUCCUGACCUUGAUUGGAGGGGGUUGGUACGGAUGGAUCGAGUUCCAGGAAAAGAACGCCAAAAGCCGGCUUCAACAACGUCUGACAAAAGGUCCUUAG